AUGACGAAGAACUGUACUGGUUGCAGAAAUGCAGGAUUGCAUGGUUGGGACAUGGAGAUAAGAACGCAAAAUUCUUUCAUAGAAAAGCGAAAAUCCGACGAUGAAAAAAUGAGAUCAUCGGAUUGGAAGAUGCUCAUGGCAUUGGGUGAAUUUAAUGAUGGAAUGCAUCAGCACGGUCUCUUACUCGGUGUUGCUAAUGGCAAAAGAGGUGACAAUUUCAUCCCUUUUCGGGGUCUUCGACAGGGUGAUCCCAUUUCCCCCAUCUCUUUUUGUUAUUUACUAGAGGGGCUUUCCCUUUUGUUCCACGAUUUUGAAAGACGUAAGCUUUUGCAAGGUCAACUCGUCAACCUCAAUAAAUCCUGUUUAUUUUUUUCCCCUAAUACUUCUUCGACCCAUAAAUCAUAUUGCAAAUCCCCUUUAUGGAUUCUUAAUGUUGACUGGGCAAACACUUACCUGUGCCUUCCUCUUUUGCUGGGACAGUCAAAAGUCGCAGCCCUUAAUUUUAUCUCUGAUCGUGUUUCCUCCAGAACAAAGCUGCUUAAAGGCAAACUGCUCUCUAAAGCAGGAAGGGAAGUGAUGGUGAAAGUAGUGCUCUUAGCUUUGCCAACUUAUGCUAUGCAAUGUCUUAAACUUCCUAAGCAAAACUGUAAGGAUUUAUUUAGCAUGUUUCUUAACUGUUGGUGGAGCGGCGAAGAGAAAUCUCACAAAAUCAAGUGGAUAAGCUGGGAUUCAAUUUGUGAUUCUAAAGCUAAUGGAGGUCUAGGUUUCAAGGAUAUUGAAGCUUUUAAUUUAGUUUUCCUGGCUAAGAUGGCAUGGCGGAUGGAAAUGGGUGAUGAUUCCUUGCUUUUCAAGUCUUUCAAGAUGAAAUAUUUCAAGCAUUGUAAUUUUGUGGAUGCUCCCAAUAAACCUCGGUCCUCAUGGGUUUGGAAAAGCAUUCUCUCAGCUCAGAAUGUCAUCAAGAAAGGGAUGAAAUGGUGUCUUGGGAACGCCUCGAGAAUUAACUGUUGGCAAGAUAACUGGCUUCCUGACCCUUCAAAUUUUUCUGCAACUUCUUCAAGCUCACACUCGAAUCUCUCAUCAGUUGCUAACUUUAUAAACCACUCUUCUCAUCAUGUUACGAGUGCGGUGGAUCAAAAAGUUUGGGGUGUUUCUCAUGAUGGAACCUUCUCUGUUAAAAGUGCUUACCAGGUUGCACUUUCCUUUUUACGUAAGAAGCCUCAGUCUGGUGUGGCGGUGGGUUGUAGUUUUGAAGCCUUCAAAAGGGCUAUGUGGCGCCAAGUGAGGACUAUUAAAGCUCACAGGAAAAAAUUAUUGUUUCUUUGGCAAUCUCUCCAUGAUAGAAUUUCAGUGAACCAUCUAUUAUUUUUACGUGGUUGUUCGGAAAUCUCUGAAUGUCUUUGGUGUCUUUCGGCAGUCGAGACCAUGGAUCUUCUUCUCUGUACUUACCCUUUUGCUUGCUUGGUGUGGAGAUUAAGUACUCUUAGGUUGGAUUUAUGUGGCCAAGGUCCCUCCUUUUGGCCGAAACGCUGGGUUGAUCUUUCUGAAAUCUGGAGUUCCUCUGCAAACCAAGUGGAAAGCUUCAGUUUGGCUGCAUUCAUUUGUUGGACUUUAUGGAAAUGCAUAAAUGACCUUAUUUUUCGGAAGAAAAGAUGGGAUCUUUUCGACGCAACUCAGACGGCUUUCCGGGAUUAUCAAGAAUAUUGGGAAUUCUCUCGCCAAAGUUCGCUGCUCUCCUUCCCUUCUCCCCCUCUGGCCCCUCAUUCUUCGAGGUGGAACGCUCUAGGUGAGGGCUGUUUCAAGCUUAAUUUUGACGCCUCCUUUGAUUCUUCCAUGAAGACUUGUGGGGGCAAUUUUAUUCUUUUUCCUCUCAAGGUUGCGUCGGCCUUUUUGUCUAAUGUUUCUUGUCUGACGCUUGCCAAAGCCUUUCUCUUCUUAAACUCUGGGGUUAGUUUAGGUGCCUCUCUCGCUUGGGUUCGUCGGGGAGGAAAUGUUGUAGCUCAUGUUUUGAACAAGAAGGCUCUUGUAGCUGCUAAUGGUAACUUGGAACAGUGCAUCUGA